UGAAUUUUCGCGGGAAAAAAAACCCUAGCAGCUGGGAGGAUCGCGCGCUCCCGGGCUCACUCAGGCCCUCUGCCACUCACGCGGCUCCCGGCUCUGUCGCCCAGCUGCAGGGCUCCCGACCAGGAGCGGGCACUCCAGGCGAGAGGACAGUGCGGAUCGCCACCGGCUGCGAGAGAGCAUAACCGGCACCAUGUGGAUCCAGGUCCGAACCAUGGAUGGGAAGGAGACCCACACCGUGGACUCUCUGUCCAGGUUGACCAAAGUGCAGGAGCUGAGGAAAAAGAUCGCGGAACUGUUUCAUGUGGAGCCCCAGCUGCAGAGACUCUUCUACAGGGGCAAACAGAUGGAGGAUGGCCACACACUCUUCGAUUAUGAUGUGCGUCUCAAUGACACAAUCCAGCUGCUAGUGCGCCAGAGUCUGGCACUACCUCCCAGUACGAAGGAACGGGACUCGGAGCUCUCCGACUCUGACUCUGGCUAUGGUGUGUGUCAGAGUGAGUCAGACAAGUCCUCCACGCAUGGCGAAGGGGAUGACAAGGCCGUGUGGGAGGACACAGAACUGGGAUUGUACAAGGUUAAUGAGUACGUGGAUGUGCGUGACAACACCUUGGGUGCAUGGUUUGAGGCCCAGGUGGUCCAGGUGCAGAAGAGAGCCCCAUCCCAGGAGGAGCCCUGCAGCUCCAGUGCCAGCAUGACCCUGGAGGAUGACAUCAUGUACCACAUCAAAUAUGAUGACUACCCAGAGAGUGGAGUGGAGGUUGUCAAAGCCAAGGAUGUCCGUGCUCGUGCCCGCACUGUGAUCCCGUGGGAGGACCUGGAGGUCGGCCAGGUGGUGAUGGUCAACUACAAUGUGGACUAUCCCAGGAAGCGCGGCUUCUGGUACGAUGUUGAGAUCUGUAGGAAGCGUCGGACCAGGACAGCACGCGAGCUCUAUGGCAACGUCAUGCUCUUAAAUGAUUCUCAGCUCGACAACUGCCGGAUCAUGUUCGUGGAUGAAGUCUUCAAGAUUGAGCUCCCCAAUGAAAGGAACCCCCUGAUUGGGGGCCCCUCACAACCCCCUCUUCCCCUCCGGAAAACAGGGAAGAGCGGUCCGUCCUGCCAGUACUGCAAGGACGACGAGAACAAGCCAUGUCGCAAGUGUGCCUGCCACGUGUGCGGUGGGCGUGAGGCUCCCGAGAAGCAGGUGUUAUGUGACGAGUGUGACAUGGCCUUCCACCUGUAUUGCCUGCAGCCACAGCUUACCUGCGUCCCUCCUGAGCCUGAGUGGUACUGUCCCAGCUGUCGGACUGACUCCAGCGAGGUGGUGCAAGCAGGCGAGAAGCUGAAGCAAAGCAAGAAGAAGGCAAAGAUGGCGUCGGCCACCUCGUCCUCCCGGCGCGACUGGGGCAAGGGCAUGGCGUGUGUGGGCCGCACCAAAGAGUGUACCAUCGUGCCCGCCAACCACUUCGGGCCCAUCCCUGGAGUCCCUGUGGGCACCAUGUGGCGCUUCAGAGUCCAGGUCAGUGAGUCUGGUGUGCAUCGGCCACAUGUGGCGGGCAUCCAUGGCCGGAGCAAUGAUGGUGCCUACUCGCUGGUGCUAGCUGGUGGUUACGAGGACGACGUGGACAAUGGCAAUUUCUUCACUUACACGGGGAGCGGUGGCCGAGACCUCUCGGGCAACAAGCGCACUGCGGGACAGUCCUCUGACCAGAAGCUCACCAACACCAACAGGGCUCUGGCACUAAACUGCAACUCCAAAAUCAGUGAGAAUGGGGCUGAGGCAAAGGAUUGGCGCCAGGGGAAGCCAGUGCGUGUGGUCCGCAACAUGAAGGGCGGGAAGCACAGCAAGUAUGCUCCCGCGGAGGGCAACCGCUAUGAUGGCAUCUACAAGGUGGUAAAGUACUGGCCGGAGAAGGGGAAAUCUGGCUUCCUGGUGUGGCGCUACCUCCUUCGACGGGAUGACACGGAGCCCGGGCCCUGGACCCGGGAGGGCAAGGACCGCAUGCGGCAGCUGGGGCUCACUAUGCAGUACCCUGAAGGCUACUUAGAGGCCUUGGCUAGCAAGGAGAAGAGUAGAAAGCGCCCAGCCAGGGCCUUGGAGCAGGAGCCAACGACCUCCAAGACAACCACAUCCAAGCGGAAGACCACAGGCGUGGCCACCAACACACACGUGUCCAAGAAGAGCAAACUGGAGCCCUAUACACUCCCAGUGCAACAGGCCACCCUCAUCAAGGAGGACAAGAGCAACGCCAAGCUGUGGGAUGAUGUGCUGAGUUCGCUGCAGGGUGGGCCGUACCAGGUCUUUCUGAGCAAGGUGGAGGAGGCUUUCCAGUGUAUCUGCUGCCAGGAGCUGGUGUUCCGGCCCGUUACCACCGUGUGCCAGCACAAUGUCUGCAAGGACUGCCUGGACAGGUCCUUCCGGGCCGAGGUGUUCAGCUGCCCAGCCUGUCGAUGCGACCUAGACCACAGCUCCCCAACCCGGGUGAACCAGCCUUUGCAGACCAUUCUCAACCAGCUCUUCCCUGGCUACGGCAGCGGCCGGUGAUGCCACACACCAGGCGGAGGGCACUCAGCCCUGCUCCCAGUUCGUAGUAGGCUUAGCUUGGAGGUGUUGUCCCUCCACGUCUGCUCCUGGCGGCCUAUCUGCCUUGCUCGCCAGCUAACCAGGCAUCUGCAGGAAUCCCGUGUUCUGGCCACCAGUUGGACCUCUGUUAUUCAUUUUUUUUCUUUUCUCUUUUUUUAAUACAAAGUUUGCAAUUCUCCCAGAGAAGGGAAAAAAAGGAAACCUGCCCUUUUCUUUGAAGAUGAAUUUAGAAACUGUUCAGCCCUGUACCAGACCUCAAUGUCAUGUUGCCAGGAGUCCUCACCCCAAACCAGCUGCCUACAACAAUCUUUGAAAAACCCAGGCAUAUUUUCCCAGCAGCCAGCAGAGUGUUUCAUUCUGGGGGUGGCUCCAGCAGCCAUCCCUUGGGCCUUCGCAGAAGACCUGGAGGGGGCCCUGACCUCACCAUCCUCACAGGGGGCCUCUGGGGCCUAGCUGACACUACCUCAGCGGGACUUGACUGGCCCAGGCUAGGGCACCAGUUGAAGCAAAGCUGACGCGCAUGCCUCAUUGCCCUUCCCACUGUCUUUAGCGCUGACUUGUCGAUGCCUGGCUGCUGGGUGCUCGCUGGCUGGGUAUUGUGGAGGUUUGAGGUGUAGUGACCAGUUCUCAUCUUGUUUUUAACUCAGCAACUGAGAAAUAUGAGGGUUUCUGUAUUGUAUUUUUAAUGGGAUGAGUAGUUUCCUCGAUGAAUUUCUUUCCUAGUUACAGCCUGUACUGAGGGAGACUGUGACUGCAUGUUUUGUUUUUUUGGUUGGUUUUUUGUUUUGUAACUUACUUUACCAAAGUGUGUGCAGGCCAUACCUCAGUAGAACACGGAAACUGAACAUGUAACCAACCACAGGCAGACUGGACAGCACUGUUUUAAGGGUCAUGGGUUUUGUUUGGUUUUGUUAGAAUGUUAACACAUUAGGGGGAAAAAAACGAAAUUCCAUGUGUCCGUGUGGAUGUUUUCUAAAGUUCAGUAUUUUUGUUCAGAUUUUAGAUCUCAAUAAAUUUUUUUCUGCAGAUA